UACAUGUCGGGAUUUGGAAAUGAACAUGUCUCUGAGGAUCCACGCUGUCCAGGAGCUUUACCGGAGGGACAGAAUAACCCGCAAGUCUGCCCGUACGGCCUGUAUGCUGAACAGCUCUCCGGCUCUGCCUUCACCUGUCCCCGGCCCAUGAACAAGCGCAGCUGGCUGUAUCGGAUCCUACCUUCAGUCUGCCACAAACCCUUCAAACCUCUUGAGGAAGGCCACUUGACACACAACUGGGAUGAAGUUGAGCCUGACCCCAACCAGCUGCGAUGGAAACCUUUUGAGAUCCCGAAAGCCCCUCAGAAUAAGCUGGAUUUUGUGAGUGGAUUGCACACCCUGUGUGGUGCCGGAGAGCCCAGAGGACGCAAUGGCAUCGCUGUCCAUAUUUUUGUCUGCAACAGCUCCAUGCUCGACAGAUGCCUCUAUAAUUCGGACGGUGACUUCCUAAUAGUGCCCCAGCAAGGGAAACUGCUCAUCACAACCGAGUUUGGGAAGAUGCUAGUGGAGCCCAAUGAAAUCUGUGUCAUCCAGCAAGGAAUGCGAUUCAGUGUGGAGGUGUUUGGAGAGACCAGAGGCUACAUCCUGGAGGUGUACGGGGCACACUUCGAGCUCCCUGACCUGGGACCCAUUGGAGCCAACGGCCUGGCCAACCCACGUGACUUCUUGGUGCCCGUCGCGUGGUACGAGGACCGCCAGGUGCCAGGGGGGUACACUGUGAUCAGCAAGUACCAGGGCAAGCUGUUUGCAGCCCAGCAGGGUUUCUCCCCCUUCAAUGUUGUAGCCUGGCACGGGAACUACACGCCGUACAAAUACCACCUGGAAAAAUUCAUGGUCAUCAAUUCUGUUGCCUUUGACCACGCGGAUCCUUCUAUCUUCACUGUCCUGACAGCCAAGUCGACACGUGCUGGAGUGGCAUUGGCUGACUUCGUCAUAUUCCCCCCGCGAUGGGGGGUGGCGAACAACACCUUCCGUCCACCAUACUACCACCGGAACUGCAUGAGCGAGUUCAUGGGGCUCAUCAAAGGCCACUACGAAGCAAAGGAGGAAGGUUUCCAGCCUGGAGGGGCCAGCUUGCACAGCAUGAUGACUCCGCACGGGCCGGACGCUGACUGCUUUGAGAAGGCGAGCAAAGCCAAGCUGGAGCCUGAGAGGGUUGCAGAAGGGACCAUGGCCUUCAUGUUCGAAUCGUCCCUCAGCCUGGCCGUCACCAAAUGGGGCCUCCAGACCUCCAACCGCCUAGAUAAAAACUACUACAAGUGCUGGGAGCCUCUGAAAAGCCAUUUCAACCCUAAGUGCAAAUAAAGAGAGGUAUUUGUUGCUUAAAACACGUGAGUGAAGGCAGGGAAAUCCAGGGUACCUCCACGUGGUGGCACGGUCAACUUGGGCAACGCAGCACAGAACGGCAUUCCCAGCAGCCACCGAGCCACAACAAUGAUCAACCCUAUGUAACUUGGGAAAUGCUGUAAAAAACCACGAUU